AUGGCAUAUAUAAACAGUCUUGUUCAAACCAUUCAAGAUGGUUUGAACCGUGAAGCCCUGGGAGACUCGAGUUCUCGCACUGUUGUAACUGAAGCAGUCGACGACCUGAAAGCCCAAGUGGAUGCUCCAUGGGACAUCCUCUGGGAGACUAGAUUCGAGAUUCUAAAUAGUAUCUGCAAGCGUCUGGCAAUCGAGACGGGAAUUCUCCAUGCCAUUGUGACUCGUGACGGAAAUCCCAUUACCUCUAGCGAGCUAGCAGAGAAAACAAACCUUGAUAAGCAGUUUAUUGAGAGACUUAUUCGAGUUCUGACUGCCCGGAGAAUCAUUUCCGAGGUGGAUGUGUGCACUUAUGCGGCAAACGACGUUACGCGCCUGCUCGAUACUCCAGGAAGUAUUGCAGCAGAGAAGUACUUCUUUGACUUCCUCUUUCCCAUCGGCGCCAAUCUGAUCAAAUGUGUGAAAGACGGUGGCAUCCACCAGUUUCCUACCAAGGACCAGAAGGGCCCUUUUGAGUUUACAUUUGGAGCUCCGAUCUUUGAUUUUCUGGAAGCCAACAAAGAAUACAAAGUGGUAUUUGAUAACCUGAUGUCGGGACGACGCGAAGGCACUGAAGUCAAAUGGUUUCACACUUACCCCGUGGCAUCUGAGCUUGCCAGCAUCCGCAGCAACAGCCAGAGCGAAACAGCAAGGUCACACAACGAAGUCGAGAGCAAUGGAGAUCCUGACCCAGUCCUCUUGGUAGAUAUUGCCGGCGGUCGAGGUCAUGAUAUAUACGCGUUUGCAACAGAAUUUCCGGACCUUCCCGGUCGACUGAUACUCGAAGAUCUGCCUUCUACGUUUGCCAAUGUCGACUCUGCGCGGCUCGAUAUGCUUAGAAGUGCCGGGAUCGAAAUGCUCCAAUAUGACUUUUUCACACCGCAGCCUAUCCACGGUGCCCGCUUAUACUUUAUGCGCGACAUUUGCCACGACUGGCCAGACGCCGAAUGUAAGCGGUUCCUGGGCAACGUGGCAAAAGUGAUGACAAAGGGGUAUUCUAAAUUGCUGCUGGAUGAGCAUGUCAUCGACGAUGUUAAUGCUAAUCAUCGAGCUGCAGCAAGCGAUAUGCUGAUGAUGCUGGUCCUCACCGGCAUUGAGAGAACGAGAAGCCAGUGGAAGGAACUGCUGGGAAGUGUCGGUCUGAAGAUAGUCAAGAUCUGGCCGAAUCGUCGUGGACAGCAGAGCGUCAUUGAGUCAGAGCUUAUGUAG